CCGGAUGCUCUCCGUUCUGGCUGCCACCCUGUUUAAGGGGAAGAACUCUCAGGUCUGUGAUGAUCAGAAGGAAAUACAUCCUCAUUACAGUCUCACAGUGAAGAUUCUCAGAGCGAGAAAUAUCCAUGGCCUGGAUCUCUUGUCCAAGGCAAACUGCUAUGUGGCAGUGGAUCUUCCGACCGCAUCUCCAGUCACUUCUCGAACACGGGUUAUUUAUAACUGCAGCGAUCCGGAGUGGAAUGAGACUUUUAAAUACAGGAUCCACAAUGCUGUGAAGAAUAUCUUGGAGUUCACGUUCUAUGAUGCAAACGUUGUGCUGAGAAGUCAUGCUGCCUCCAUUGCUUUUGAUGUGGCAAAUAUUACACCAGGCCAGACUUUUAAUCACACAUUUGUGCUCAGUCACCAGGGAAAGGAGAAGAAUGAAGAGUUGGAUGUGGAAUUUUCCUUGGGAGAAAGCACGGAUCCCCCCACUGAGGUCAUCACCAAUGGUGUUUUGGUGGCUCGUCCUUGCCUGUGUGUCCAAGGCACUGUGGAUAAAAGUGAGAGAAGCCCGUGGUUAAUACAGGAGAACUGUCAGGUCCACCUCUCCUUGCCUGGGUCCUUUGAGAGCUGGUCGUCCACCUCCUGCAGUGCUGAGUCCAAGGAGAAAAGGAAGAUCCCUUUUGUUUUCCACGUGGACAGAGAAAUCCACCCAAAGCUGCUUUUGGAUCUGCUGCAGACUACGCCUGUUAUAGAGGAAGGAUGGAGUGAAGACUUGCAAAUGCACACUGAGCAUUUAGGAAUGGCAUCCAUACCUGUUUCAACACUUCCUCGUGGGCAGGAACUAGAAUUUAGCGUUCUAGUAGGAAAGGGACAAAGUGUGGAUAUGACUUUGAAGGUUGAAGAAUGUUCUGAGGAUCUUGAUGUACGCCUUGGAUUUAACCUCUCUAGAGGAGAACAGCAAUUUUUGCUCAGAAGAAAAGAAAAAUCUUCUAAAGCACUUAAGAAGGUACUCAGGUUGUCAAAAGCACCUUCAAAAAAUGAGGUCCCUACAGUAGCAGUUGUGAGUUCAGGAGGUGGAGUGAGAGCCAUGACUGCUUUCUAUGGCAAUUUGUUAGGACUCCAACAGCUUUAUCUUUUAGAUACCCUGACAUAUUUGUGUGGAAUUUCAGGAUCCACUUGGUGCUUGUGUAGACUCUACGAAGAUCCUCACUGGUCCCACAAAGAUCUGCAGGAGGCAAUUAGCAUCGCUCGGCGAUUUGUGACCAGCAGCAAAGCAGGAGCAUUUUCUGCUGAACAACUGGUGUAUUAUUUCCAGCAGUUACGGUUAUUAGAGAAGGAAGGACGGCAUGCCACUCUGACAGAUUUGUGGGGUCUCAUAAUAGAAUAUUUUUUACAUCGAAAGGAGAACCCACGGAGGCUGUCUGACCAGCAGGCAGCUGUGAGGUGGGGACAGAACCCCUACCCCAUCUACGCAGCUGUCAAUGUGAGGCCCAAUGUUGAUAGCAGCAUGUUUGCAGGUAUUUGUCGCAGUGUACCUUAUGAUUUCUGUAUUUACAAAUACGGAGCUUUUAUCCACACAGAAGACUUUGGCAGUAAAUUCUUUAUGGGGCUGCUACGUGAAAGGCAUCCAGAACCCAGAGUUUCCUUUUUGCAAGGAAUAUGGUCGAGUGCAUUUGCUGCAAACCUAGAUGAAAUUUGGCAGGAGGUGGUUUCAUCGAAAGUUAGCUUUCUGGAAUCUCUGAAAGCUGCCAUAAAACGCUUAUAUGAGACUCCUGGACAUCAAUAUCAGGAUACUUCCAACUUUGAGACUCGGAUGGUUAUGCCAGAAGGAGCUAUUUCAAGUUUAUUGCAGGAUUUCUCCAAGUAUCGCUUUUCCUCUGGGCAAAAUGUGAACUAUAUGCGUGGACUGUACCUUCACAAGGACUACUUGAAAGUCAAGGAGUUUGUGGCUUGGAAGGGUACUGAUCUGGAUGCACUUCCCAACCAGUUAACGCCUAUGGAGGAUAACCUAUAUCUGAUAGAUGGGAGUUUUUCUAUCAAUUCUCCUUUUCCUUUGGUGCUUCAUCAAGAAAGAGAUGUAGAUGUCAUCCUGUCUUUCAACUAUUCUUGGGAAGCCCCGUUUGAGGUGCUCCAUAAAGCUGAGAAAUACUGUGAAGAACGGAAAAUCCCCUUUCCACACAUUGUUGUCAGUGAAAAAGAUGAGCAGAAUCCAAAAGAGUGCUACAUGUUUAUAGAUGCUGAGAAUCCAAAGGCUCCCAUAGUGCUUCAUUUCCCACUAGUGAACAACACCUUCCAGAAAUGCAAGGCGCCAGGGAUAGUACGUGAGACAGAAGAAGAGAAAUCAUCUGGAAAAUUUGCUAUCAGUGGCAAAACAUCUCCUUAUUAUACUAUGAAUUUCACUUAUCAACCCGCUGAAUUUGAUCAGCUGCUGGAGCUGUGUCGCUACAACAUUGUGAACAAUAAGGAUGCAAUUUUUAAAGCUCUUGCCUUGGGAAUGAGAAGGAGAGCACAAAAGAGCAAAGGGGAAUAAGAGUCUUAAUACUUCUACUGUGAAAGGUGGUUGAGUGUUGAGUAAAUGGCACCAUGCAGAAAUAUUUGAUGCUAAAAGCUGACAGUUCUGCUCUGUAGUUUCUCAAAUGCAGGAUCUAUUGGUAGAUUACAGGAACUAGACGGUUCUUGAUGAAGUGUAUGAGCUAAACUUAAAUAAUGACAUGAACAUGUCUGUGUGGAUGCAUGAUUUACUGAACUUCUGUGCAAUAUAUGAACAAGUGAAAUUAAAGUAGUGAUGGUUUUUAGUCAUUCAACUGCACAUAGAUGUAAACAAAUUUCUGGCAUGCCAGUUGCGUGAAGAAGUUAAUUUUCUCUGUAUGAAGUAGUGUCAGGGUGUCAUCAAGAUGUGUGAGGAUAGAUGGUAAAGGGGUAUAUAUACUCAGACAAGACAGGGUUGUGUUUUAUGGCUCUGUAUAGUUUAAUUUUAGAGGUUUUUUUUCUCUGUUAAAUACCUAAUAGGAUAUUAGCUGGAAAAAAAUUAGUUUUUUGAUGGGAUCCUCGUUGCUUUUGUUACACCCUUUCACUAGGUGAAGUUAAUUCAGGUCUGCUAACAUGUGCUGAAACUGCACACCGUUUUUCUAUGUAGCCACGUCUUAAAAAAUUGUAUGGUAACUGAAGACCAUAUGUUCACCGUUCUGAAAAGCGGAUCUCUGUCCAACCUAAGAUGUUGUUUCAGUCAGUUGACGAGGGUGCUCUUUGUUAGUGCUUCAUGAAUCUCUGUUUCUAUGGGAGUCGCAUCCUGGCUAUUGUUGGAGUUCUCAUUGUCUUGUAGUUACAAUAUCCCUUUACAGAAUUACAAUGGCCUUGAAUUUGCAAGGCACUGGCCAGUAGGAGACUUUGAAAAAGACCAAAACCACCCCAUUUUGAUUGGAGUGCUUUUUAAGUAGUAUGUCUUUCUUUUAUAAAAAAUAAA